CGGGCCAAAAAUCCCGACAGAACUAUUAUAAAAAAUAUUGCAUAAUUGUAUAGAGCUGGGGUGUUCGGUGUCCAAUAUUAAUAUUCUGUUCACAGUACAGUGCAUUUAAACGGGGCACUAGGGCUUUAAAUGGCUCCUUGAACCCUCGGGCACCCAGUUAAUAAACACCCACGUCAGCACAGGGGCUCCAGUCGCUCUAACCGGGUUUCGGUCUUUAGGGCUGAGCAGGAAGUUGCCUGACUGUGGACCCUGGACGAGAAAAAAAAAAAAAGGCAAAAGAAAUUAAAAAAAAAAUGGAAAUGGUGGCAGACUUGGGGGCGAGUAGACUCUAUCGGGCGCCGGGUGAAUCAAGUCACCAGUGAGUAUCGAUGGAUUUUGUCAGGGGUAUCACGGCGUGGGGCGUAAGCGGGUCCUGCCGACACCUCACGCCUGGGAAAGAGUCGCUGGGUUUGGGCAGCAGGCAAAUCCUCCUCGCUGCUCGCUGCGCUCCGGACCUCCGGCGAGAAGAGGGGGUGGUCUCGGGGAUGAAAACGGGCGUUUUGAGCGCGUCCUCCUGCUUAUUACCAUAUACCCCGUGUGAACAUAUUCAUUUAUCAGCUCAAGCAUGGUCAGUUGCUGGAGGUUUGUUUCUAUUUUUCUAUUGUUGUGCUGGCUGGAGCCUGAAGUGGGCGUCGCUCCAGGACAGACUGGGGCUGCUCCGGUGCGCCGCUGCCCGCUUUUCUCUCGCAGGACUGCAGCGCUCUCAUGUCGUUCUUGUAGGUCGGCCGACACCGGAAUUAUGGGAGAAUAGCUGGAUUGGUAUACUAGUCUUGGUGUUCGUGUGACAAUGGGAGCACUGUAGAGCCAUGCGGGCGUCGCGCCGUGGGGUAUCGGGCGCCAGGAUCCUGUCAGCAAGCAUCGCAUAAUUAAAGAAAAUAAUGAAUGCGUGUAAAUUCAGAGCCUGGGCUUGCACGAGGAUGGCUAAAUAGGUUACUAUAGAAGAAGAAGAACUCUUCUGCACAUGGGGUUGCGGCAGUUGCCCCUCUCUUGGGACGACGUGCCCGGCUUCACGGUGCCUUAUUGUUCACUUUCCGCGAGUCUGUUGCGUUUGUAACAUCAGAGAUUUCGUGCGCGCUCUCGCUUCCCUCAGGGGUGAUUAUAGGGUUUUGCCACCCGACGCUCCCAAACUGGAGUCGGGUGUAGCCUAUUAGAAGACGGAUUUUGAUUGAUGGCUCGUACGGCCAAUCGCGGGGCAGAAGGAAGCCUGGUGGGCGGAUGGUGUGCGGACCUGGAGACAGUCCAGGGCAGAAACAAAGACGGGGGAGAAUUGACAGCUACAUCAAUGGGGUGUCACUGGUGUGUUUGUGGAACCUGCUGUUAAUAUUUGGGGUCUGUAGCAUUCACCUUAUGCCGAGGCAGCCUCAGAGGUGGUUCAACACUGCCGACAUCACAGUGGCUCACCAAAGCAGCCUGCUGAAGCAGCUCAACCAGCAGCGGCGCCAGGAGCUUUUCUGUGACUGCAGUGUGCUGGUGGAGGGCCAGCUCUUCAGGGCCCACCGCAACGUCCUGUUCGCCAGCAGCGGCUACUUCCGCAUGCUGCUGUCCCAGGGGCCCGACGGGCUGUCCGACUCUGUCAACGCCACCUUCGACGUCUUCAGCCCCGAGACCUUCACGGUCAUCCUGGAUUUCAUCUACUCGGGCCAACUCGACCUCUCGAGUCACAAUGUGAUUGAGGUGAUGUCUGCAGCCAGCUACUUGCAGAUGAACAAUGUCAUCAACUACUGCAAGAACUUCAUAAAAUCCUCCUUGGACAUCAGUGUGAAAGAUGAAGACAGUGACCGGUGCAUCAGCUUGUCUGAGACCUGCAGUUUUAUCAGCGGAGUGGGAGACGGGACCUCAGAGCAGCAGCAGCAAGGCCCCGGCUCCGUCAGCCCACCACCGGCGCUCUGGACCAGGGACAACUCACGGUCCCAGUGUGGCUUCAUGGGGAAGGACCCGGACCAGGAGUCAUUGGCCUCAUCAACCCUGAAGACUAACCCAAGCAGCCCUGCUGAUGAUCUCAAUGCAGAGGCAGAAGACCUGCAGGACCCUGAGGACCCUCUGUACACCUUGCCUGGAUCAGAGCGCCGGCGAGGUAAAGGGGGAACCAAGAGGAGAGCAUCCAACAGCACUCGCUCCAACCAACCUGAAGACUUGGACAUCGAGGAGGCGAGGACUCAAAAAGCAGAAAAGGCAGAGGAGCUGUAUGCUACUCUGCCACCUAUGGUGGGCGUUAUUGGACACUUUAAUCAAGACUCCAACCCCAUGAUGCGUUUCAAAUGUCCUUUUUGCACACACACAGUGAAAAGGAAGGCAGACCUGAAGCGUCACUUGCGCUGCCACACGGGUGAAAGGCCGUACCCCUGUCAGGCCUGCAAUAAACGCUUUACACGCCUGGAGCAUCUUCGUAGCCAUUUUGAGACGAUACAUCAAGCCAGGAAGCUGGUGUGCAGGAAGUGUAAGUGUCAGGUGACGGAGGACACCGGGCAUGUGGUGUGUGAGGGCUCACGACGCUACCGCAUGUGCACUGCAUGCAUCCAGGAAGUGGAUUGUGAUGACAUCCCCAUGGACAGUCUAGAUAGUGCCAAUGAGGAGCCGGCCCUCUUAUUGGGGGUGGACGGGGAAGAGGAGGGGGACAGCAAGAGGGGCUGGAUGGUAGCCGAUGACGACGACCUGGCUGAAGACUCGGGGGCCGACCUCAUCAUCCAGCAAGUGGACGACAGUGAUGAAGAGCUGCAGUGAAAUGGAACCAAAAAGUGUGUGCAGAGGCAUGCACGAAUAAUAACCUUUGUGUGUGUGUGUGUGUGUGUGUGUGUGUGUGUGCGUGUGUGUGCGUGUGUGUGUGUGUGUGUGUGUGUGUGCGUGUGUGUGUGUGUGCCUAAGCCAUGCAAGAGAAUGUAUGCAAACAAUAUGUGAUCCACUAAUGUAAAUACAAACACUUAAUAUAUGUAACUUGUCUAUUAGUUAAACGCAACUGGUUAAUUUUUACUUUAAAUGAGAUGUUGACCGUUGUGUCAAAGUGGGAUGCUUUUUGUUUGGCUUCAUAAAGAUAUGCAGUAUCCAAAGCUGUGUUUUCUUUGAUUUUAUUAUGGUUACAUGAUUCUCUUUUAAAGUUGUUUUUUUCAAUAUGCAGGAAGAACAUGUCUGCUCCAUUUUGGGAUGCUCUACUUUGAUAAAAGCUGGCAUUUGAGUACAAACAAAGUGACAAGGACAGAAUAAUGACUGAUGCUAUGUCUCUACUUUCUGUAAGAAAAGUCAAGAGCGGACUUUUCCCAAUUUUACACAAUUACCUGUUUUUAUUAUUACGUUUGAUUAUGAUAUGCACUAUGAUAUAAAACCAAUUAUAAUUUAUUUGUUUGUUUUGUUACUUUUUGAUUAAAGAUAUUUUAUAAAUUUC